UUCUCUAAUUUAAUCAAAAAUAAAAUGAAUUGUUCUUCUAUAAUAGAACUUCCUCCUACUAUGCGCUUUCGUUGGAGUCAUAAUGGAUCUGUUGCUAUUUGUUAUUCUGCUGUUUUUGUUUUAUCAUUAAUUGGAAAUGGGUUUAUGUUUCUAAUUUUAUUUAGAAAUCAGUGUAUUAAAAGAAGGCGUGUACAUUCACUUCUUUUGCAUAUGACAGUUGCCCAAUUACUUGUUACCUUGGUUUAUAUACCAAAAGAAAUUGUUCAUAAUUUAACUAUAGCUUGGCUAGGAGGGGAUUUACUCUGCAGAUUAUGCAAAUUUUUUGACGUUUUUGGUGUUGCCUUGUCUGCGGGCAUUUUAGUCUGUCUAAGCCUUGAUCGUUUUUAUUCCAUACUUUUCCCACUUUAUGUAAUUAAUGCUAAAAGGAGUGUUCAAAGGAUGGUUAUUGCUGCUUGGCUUGUUGCUGCUUUAUCCAGUUUACCUCAAGUUUAUAUAUUUCGAACAGCCAAACAUCCAUGUUUUACUGAAUUUACACAAUGUGUAUCUGCUGAUAUAAUUGGAUUAUUAUCCCCAAAUGUUAUUUAUUGGUUUUCUGUUUUAAAUAUUGUUCAAGUUUAUUUUAUUCCCUUGUUUGUUAUUUUAUUUUGUUAUGGAUCUAUUCUUGUUUCAAUUUCAUUAAAAAGUAAAGACACAAAAGUAGCUUCAGAACCAGAACAACCUCCUAAAGAGCAAAGAAAUAUUACUAAAUUGGCUUUAUUACGUGGACAUGAAAUUCAUCAACAAUUGGCUGCUGGUCGUUCGGCUCGUUGGCGACGUACCAGCAGUUUGGCGACAGUCCCAGCUUCUUUGUAUUUUAGCAAAACACAACCAAAAUAUUAUGGAACAACGGGAGGGGAAAAUAAUAAUAAUAUUAAUUGGAGUAAGAGACCAAGUGUUGCAGCAACAAAUAUGAACAAUGGAUUAAGGCGAACGGGUGGAGGCGAUUCGUAUGAGAGGGCUAAAAGCAAAACUCUUAAAAUGACUCUUGUUCUGGUAUUAGCUUUUCUUCUUUGUUGGACGCCUUAUACAAUAGCCAUGUUUAUUCACUUCCUUCGAGUUCAAACAGAAGCUCGUCCAAUUUCUCCAUUGCUCAGCAAAUUUUUAUAUGCCUUUGCUGUUUUUAAUUCUGCCAUUUCUCCUUAUCUGUAUGGCUACUUUUCUUUUAACAUUCGAGACGAGUGCCGCCAGCUUAGAUAUUUAGUUUUCCGAUCAGCACCCGCAAGGUGUCUGCUCAGACAUGGCGAUUCAACAGAAGAAUCAAUUUCUCAUUCAAGAAGUCCUUUCGGUCCGCUAGCUCCUGGACAACGAGAUAGCCGACGACGAGCAAUGAUUCGACGAGAAUCACGUGUUCGCGAAGGUCUAAUGAUGUGUGAGGAAGGGCAACAACAAAAACGGCAGUCUAUAAGUGCGGCAAAGGAUUCUUCCCGUGUAGUAACUGGACAACAAAGAGCACCAAAAUUAGGUGAUACUUCUCGCACCUUUUCACUCAAUACAACAGCCACAACACUAAUUUCCAAUUCAUCAUUCUCUAACGGGCAAUGUUCGGCUAUUACCAGACGACGUCCACGCUUAAAUGACGACAGGGAUCUUAUGGAAGUAGAUUCUAAAGAAGAGGAGGAGGACCAAGAAGAGUCGAAUGAAGUAGGGGAGAGAAGAAAUUCGUUGUUAAUUUGUAAUGAAAAUAAUGAAUAA